AUGUCUUUCCAGAACAAAAAUUUGUACGAUUUGUUAGGUAACGACGUAGAGGAUGACUCUGCAGCAGUUGCUCCAGUGAAGGAAGUUGUCAAAAAGAACACUAGUUCCAAGAAGGCCGAUGUUGCACCUCAAUCAGCGGACCCAGCUAAGGCCAAGAAGAAGAGCAAGCCAACCGGUAAUGAGGGGGCAUUAAAGACCAAAAUUUCCAACAAGGAAGAGCCAGUUCCACAGUCUGCUGUUUCUAAACAUCAAAAGAAACCAUUUGACCGUCACUCAAGGUCCGGAAAAACCGACUCAAAGAAGAAAUUGCAACAAGGAUGGGGUGAGAGUGAUAACAGAGAAUUGGUUAAUGAGAUUGAAGGUGCCGAGGAUGCUGAGGCCGAAUUAGAAGCAGAAGAGCAAGAAGAAGUUGAGGUUACGCCAAAGAAAUCCUUACAGGAAUAUCUUGCUGAGCAACAACAGAAGCAAAAGGAAUUGGAUGGUGCUAAGAAAUUGAGACAAGCCAAUGAAGGAUCUGAGCAGAAAUGGUCAUCAGAAGAGAAGAUUGAAAAACAAGAAGAAGCUUAUUUUGCAUCAACUCACCAAAAGAAGACCAAAGUUAAAGCUCCAAAGGAAAAAGUGUUUUUGGAAGUAGAAGCAACAUUUUUCGACGAAAAACCUCAAUCUUUUGAAAGAAACAGUAACUCGAGAGGAGGUUUCAGGGGAGGUAAGAGAGGCGGUUUCAGAGGUGGUGCUAGAAGAGGCGACAACUUUAGAGGUGGACAGGUAGAAACCAAAUCAAGUUUCAAUGAAAAGGAUUAUCCCUCAUUAUAA